AUGUCCCUGCCCCGCGCUCGGGUGUGCGUUUUACCGGCCUUGUCCUCCUACGCCGAAGUUGCGUCCAAAGGCCCCAAGCAGUCUCCGGAGGAGGCCGCCGCCCCGCAACCCCCGCAAAUCGAUCCGACCACGGCGUCCUCGACCGCCUCGCUCAUCGACGUUGAUACCCCAUCCGUGCACACGGUGCCGUCCGACUUCGAGUCUCAGGAAAUUCAGACCGAAACCCAGGCCGCCCGUAUUGAGCGCGAAGAGGAGCAGCAGGCCCGGGACGAGGAGGCUGCCCGCGAGCGGGCCGAGCAAGAGCUGGCCGCUAAGAAGAAGGCCGCGGCUAGUAAGGCUAGCCAGGCCCGCGGCUGGUUGACGAAGCAGUUCCAGACGGUGUCGGAAGGCGGCUCGGCGGGUGCAAUUGCGGUGGCGAAUAUUGUGGCCGUUGUCGGUCUGAGUGGGUGGUUGGGUUUCAAGGCUUGGGGGCUGUAUGAUCGUGGCCGGUUCGGCUGGAAGGAGGCGGGCAUCGGUCUUGGUGUGAUUGGAGCGGUCGGUGCGGUUGAAGGUGUAUUUGCCAACUACUUCUCGAAGGCGAAGGGGAAGAAGUCGCAAUAA